CACCUGUUGUUGGUUGCAGUAGCUGCUGCGGCUGCUUCCUGGACACUGCAAGUUAUUCUUCCAGCCAGACACCAGAUCAACCCGAGGCGCGUACGUAGAGCCGAAGGGAGACAGGAAUCCUGCGAGACCGAGAGGAGUGAUUCAAUGUUGCGAGCGGGGACGAGCUCGGGAAUCUCAGGCUGAGAGCGAGUUCGAUCGGUCGGUCGGCCUAUGGAUAAGCGGCAUGACGACGAUGCUGGUCGCGCAGCAGCCCUGCCCCAGCAGCAGCGACUGCGUGCUCCGUUUGCCCCGUUCCAGGCUCCAAGCUUCCAGGGCCCUCGAGCUCUCGUGCUGGCGGAGCUCGGACGGCCGCCGCUGGGACUGCCAUUCUCGUCGCCCGUGGGUGCUUUCCAGCAGCAGCAGCAGGCGAGCAGGCCCAAUGAUGCUCAUGGAGCGAAUCAGAACGAGAACGAGAACGAGAACCAGAGCUCGCAGGACAGGCUCGUGGAGACGAAUUCGUCGCUCACGCCGCUCGACCUCCACCGGCCUCCGAAUUCGAGGACUGGCACCAGCCUGCUCGAGUGCAGCGAGAGCACGUCGGGGAUCACUCCGUGCAGCUGGGCGUCGCUGUAUUCUGCCUUCAAGGUGCCGAGUCUGAGCAGCUUCGAGGAAGAAGACGUGAAAUCGCACUCGACUGCUCGAACCGUGCCUCUCGAUGCGAGAAUGCACGAUGUCGUCGACCACCGACGGGCCGAUGGGAUGGCCGGCCCCCCGAGGCCUGCGACGAGCGAUGGCGAAGGCAACCAGAGGGUCCCCGUGCAGAAUAGCGUCGCUGGAUCCGGUGCUGGCGCAUCUCCAUCUCCGCCCAAGGCUCGUCACUCGUUUCCAGCUCAGUCUUCGCAGUUCUCGAAUUCGUGGCAGGUGGGCGACAGCCACCGCCAGGCUCGAGGUGGCGGCGGUGGUGGUCUCGUGGGAUCUGAUCGAGGAUCCGGUACAGCUUUCGGCGAGCGAGCCAUGGGCCGGCGGGCGACGACUUCAGGCCAGACCAUUGAUCGUGACAGCAAUUCCCCCAUUUACGCACCGCAGCCUUCGUACGCCAAUGCCAGGGCGUCUGCCGGGGCUGAUCGGGGCAAGAACAAGAUGGCGGAUUUGAGCGCCAUGCCUGUCGAGCACGAACUCGAUCGAAUGCCGAUGUUCCGAAUCGCACCUACCAUGGCCGGGCUUCCCAUCGCAACAGGCUCCAGCUCGAGGAGAGAGCUCUUGUUGCCGCACCCCAGCCCGGGGCUGGGUUCACAAUUGCACGAAGCCGUGAGCAACAUGGGCAUGGGUGCGAUGCGUAUGCCAGCAGCAGCAGCAGCAGCAGGAAUGAACGAAAUGGGCACCGGAGGCAAGCGCUGCGUCGUGAAAGAGGUGGCCCACUCAAUUCAGGUUCAGGAUCAGGAUCAGGAUCGUCCUCAGGCUAUGGUGGGUGACUAUGAUCAGCCCCUUUGCGAUUUGGCGACUCAGCGGGAUAGUUUUAAGGCAGGGCGCCAAACUACGACAGCUGAAGCUUGCGCAGCAGCAGCCGAGAGGGCUGGGCAGAAGCAAAGUAGACUUCGGAAUUUGAGCGAUGUGGCGGAUGAGCCCGGCACAUCAGGAUUCAUCAAGCGCAGCCGUCAACAUCCGCAUUACAGUUCCUGGACAUUCCAGGCCGAGAAAUCGGACCGAUUACGUCCUGAUCAGCCGAGAGAGCAAUCGACCGGCACCGGUGUGAGAACGGAAUCGACUCAAAGCUGUAACUGGUUGCAACGCUGGCUCCCACCGAAAUCCAUCAUUCUUGGUGCAAGUGCAGAGAGCCCCGCAGCAGCAGCAGCUGCAGCUGCUGCCAGAUCUAGAGCCAGGCAGUGGGAUGGUCCUGACGCCCAUGGCAGAGGCAAUGGCAAUGGGAGUGGCAUGGGCUCCACGCCAGCCGAUAUCAAGUCCAGCUGCAAAUCAGCUGCUGAUGCGAGCAUGUGCGAGGAAAAUGGUCGGGAAUGGACGAGAAUUCAAAACCGGUUCAUGGAUUUCUCGUCCAGAGGUGGGCUGUUUAAACUGUCACCAUUGUCUGCCCCGAGUGCUUCAGCCCUUGCUAUGAUGGGCUCCGCUAGCAGGAGCCUAGGACCGCCGUUGACCCACGGAAAAGCUUCGAUCAUGAUGCGGCCUUCUGAGUCAAAGAAGAACUUCUGUACAUGGAUUCCACCGACCAGCGUUUCUACGACCAAGUGAAGGACAACUAGAGCAAAAGAGGAAAAAAAGCAAAUAUAUCUAUAUAUAAAAAAAUUCUGGACUUGCACUUGAAUGGCAGGCUACAUUCGAGUACGAGUCUAGAUCUCAUAAAUUUCAAUCUCAAAAUCAACUCUCUCUCUAUAAUGGCAGUCCUCUAAAGAAGAUUCGUACAGUGAAGACCAUUGAUGCCGCAGUGGCGCAUCUCUCUUGGCGAGAUAAUUUAGUACUACAUCACAGCACUUGAUCAGGGGAGUACUGCUUAACGACCCACCGAGAAGGAUACUGCACCUUUUCGGCAAAUGACUGCUGAAAUCGUCCAAACUUUCUGUCAGCAUCAAUAGCACCACUUGGGCACUUAAUUCUACAUGAUACAAUGUGGG